AUGGUGGUGAGAAUUAGACUAUCAAGGUUUGGAUGCAAAAACAAGCCGUUUUACAGAGUAAUGGCAGCUGAUAGCAGAUCUCCAAGAGAUGGCAAGCAUUUGGAAGUCUUGGGUUACUAUAACCCUUUACCAGGUCAAGAUGGCGGUAAACGAAUGGGUCUCAACUUUGAAAGAGUGAAAUACUGGCUCUCAGUUGGUGCGCAGCCUUCGGAGCCUGUCCAGCGCCUACUUUUCAGAUCAGGUUUGCUACCUCCACCUCCAAUGCUGGCAAUGGGACACAAAGGCGGGCCACGGGACACCCGUCCAAUUGAUCCUAUGACAGGACGAAUUUUAACCCCAGAAAAGUUAAUCAAUUGUAUGCAAUCAGUGGAACCCGAAGGUGAUGAAGCCAAUGAUGAAGAAAAUGCAACAUCUUGA